AUGUUGCGAUUACCGGCUUUCCUAGGCGUUAUCUGCGCCUUUGCUCUCGGACAGACGAGCAAGGCAUCGUCCAGUGCCUUUGAGCCAGACAAUUUCGAUGUCAACGCCGCGCUUUAUAAUCUUGGGGUGGAUGUUUCUACGAUCCCUGCCCUGACGGCACUGCAGCCACAAUCAACCAAAUCUGCCUGUCGUGCAGCUGUCAGUACCUCAAUUUGUAAAUCCAGGACAUAUAUACGAAGGACUGAUGUUUCACAGUGUGGUGCUCUUGGCUUUCUGUACGGCCCAAGUAGAGCGUUCGCGCAGAAUACCACUGCGUACUCCAACGCCACAGGAUCGUACUGGUCAGCCCAGCAGGAGGAAGUUCGUCCUGACUGCAUCUUCCAGCCAUCGGUAAACACCGAUGUUUCUAUGAUUGUCCUUCUCGCAAGGUAUACCGGCUGUCCCUUCGCCAUCAAGAGCGGUGGCCAUGCUGCCUUUGCGCGUGCAUCGAGUAUCCAGGGAGGAAUUACUGUUUUGCUGAAGGACCUGAACACCAUCACUCUAAAUGACAAUAGGUCCGUCGUGUCAGUCGGUCCUGGUAAUGUCUGGGUCCAGGUAUACUCGGCCUUGGAGCCCUAUGGCCUUGCUGCCAUCGGCGGUCGGGUUUCCACGAUCGGUGUUGGAGGGCUUACGACAGGAGAAGCUCACCGAGAGGAGGUCGUUACUGCAAGCGGUGCCAUUGUGACAGCUAGUAUAGACUCUUAUCCUGACCUUUACUGGGCUCUCCGGGGCGGUGGGAAUAACUUCGGAAUCGUCACCAAGUUCAACCUCUAUACCAUUCCGAGUUCUGAAAUGCGAGGCGGAACCCGGGUCUUUGCCGAAGAUCAAUUCAGCAAUGUGAUCAGUGCCUUUGUCAGCGUGGUGAACGGCGCCUCCGAUGAUGGCAAUGCGCAGCACUGGGUCGCGUUUGUCCAUACCCAAGGACAGAACGUCGCUGCGGCCGAGAUCACAUAUGUCAAGAACGUCAGCGAGCCGGUGAUUUUCGCGCCCUACCGUGCUAUUCCCGCGGUCCAGGAUACCACAGCGGCCAGGACCUUGGUGGAGUACUGUGACGCCGUCCAGGAGCUCAAUCCCGACGGCCUGCGGGAGAUGUACUGGACGCUCACCCUUCACUUGGACGAGGACUUUGCGAACUGGGUUACUGGGUACUUUUACUCCGUUCUUCCGCAGGUUUUGAGCAUCCAGGGUAUCAAUCCUGCCCUCGUCAAUCAGGGCAUUACGAUCCCCAUGCUCAAGAACAUGACGCGCAACGGGGGCAAUGCACUGGGUCUGGACGCCUCCCAGGGUCCAUUUCACCUCCUGAUGAUGUCGAUCUGGUGGGAGAAUGCUGAUGACGACGACAAGGUACUUGCAUGGGCGAAGGAUUUCUGGGAAACAGUCACCGCCAAGGCGAAAAAGGAUGGCGUGUUCCAUGACUAUGUCUACAUGAACUAUGCGAGCCAGUAUCAGGAUGUUAUCGCGGGUUAUGGGGCUGCCAAUAAGGCCAAACUGCAGAGCAUUGCCGCCAGGUAUGAUCCCAAGGGUGUCUAUCAGACGCUGCAGCCGGGGUAUUUCAAGCUGGCUGGCGCACCUGCCUCGGAUUCACUUUGA